AUAAAAGGAUAACGGGUCAAAUAGUAUCCGGAUUCGGGUUACCCUCCAGAUCCGACUUGAAUUUGCAGUGUUUAUAGCUAGCCUUUCCCCAAACUUAACGUUCCUUUCCCCUCUAUAAGAAAUCGAAGUUUCCCGUCACUGUCGUUAAGUUUGAUCGGAAGUUAUUAUUCGACACCGAUACUCUAAGGUGAAUUGUCUCAAAACUAUAACUGGGCAUGUGCACAGCUAAUAAGCCAAAUGAUAGUAAAUCUUUGUAUCAUUGCUAGUUAAGGUCAUGCCUAAAGUAAAAACAAACCGUGUCAAAUAUCCAGAAGGAUGGGAGUUGAUUGAACCUACUCUUAGUGAACUACAAGCAAAAAUGAGGGAAGCUGAGAAUGAUCCUCAUGAUGGGAAAAGAAAAUGUGAGGCUUUGUGGCCUAUUUUCAAAAUUGCUCAUCAGAAGAGCCGGUAUAUCUUUGAUCUCUAUCACAGGAGGAAAGAGAUAUCCAAGGAAUUAUACGAGUUCUGCAUGGAUCAAGGAUAUGCGGAUCGCAAUUUGAUUGCAAAAUGGAAAAAGCCUGGUUAUGAACGGCUCUGCUGUUUGAGGUGCAUGCAACCGCGUGAUCACAACUUUCAAACAACCUGUGUCUGCCGUGUUCCAAAGCAUCUAAGGGAGGAGAAGGUUAUAGAAUGUGUCCAUUGCGGCUGUAAAGGUUGUGCAAGCGGAGAUUGACCCCUUCUUUAUAAUCAACUAAUGCUUCGCCUUAGAUGUUUUGUACUUGUAGUGAACCUCCUUUUAUUCAAAGCACUGAUCAAACGAAGUGUAGCACAUCACAGCCAGUUCAAUGCUAUCGGCCGUGUUUGAUGAGAUAACAAUUGUGGCUCUGCAGUAUCUACUAUAACCUGUGUAAUCUAUUUAUCGCAAACACUUAAACUUGCCUUGUAACUAUGAUAUGGUUGGUUGGUUGCAAGUAAACCAUGAGUUACGUCCA